AUGUUUGGGGCUGCGCAAGUCGCCGCCAGUACUUUGGUUCCGCAGCCAUCACUGCCAAAGUUCUCAACACGUGAGGCUCGUUUUCGUAAGGCCCGCGACGCUAAUACGCUGGUGUUCUCAGUCCCUACCCGCUCCAGUUUGCUGGUGCCGCUGCUUCGGCCCGUGAGCCACGCGUACGAGCAACACGAUGCGCGUUGUUUACACUUGUUACAGGCCGCGGCAUUGGUGCCCAGUUGCAAGUGUAAUAAGCUGCUGGCGACCAUAACACAAGCACUAAAGAUGCCUCUAUCUGCAGCGACCAGAAGCCGCUUGGAAAAUAAGUUACGUCCGCUGAUAACAAAGUUACGUAAUGAAGAAAAGGAGAGCGGGACCCGGCCAUUAGUUGCGCUGAAGCUGAAGGAGAAGGUGGCCGAGUGCUUACGGUCCUGGAUUGCUGAGCCCAUCGAGGGUUUCGUAUUGAGGAAGGAUCAUGUCGUAAACGGUAUGAGGCUGGACGACCUAGUGGCUACACCAGCUGGGGCGGGGUACUUGAGGGGGUACCGUCGCGAGGACGGCAUCUGCACGGUCGUGUACCCCUGGGGACAUGGGUUCGUGCAUGUUAAGGACGUGGAGAAGGUGAAACAAGCGCUGGAGAAGCACCUUAAGAAGCGCACGUACAACGAGUACGUUGCACUGGAGCACCAGCAACUGUACGAGCAGAUUGAGGGACUGUUGGAGAAUCUUCCGCCAGCACCAGAGGAGAGCACUGCAGCUAAGAAAGAGACGGGAGGGGAGGGGGAAGAAGACAUUGAAGAGUACAAGGAGCUGCUGGAUUCUCUGGAAGAAGAGGUGCGAGCAUUCGAUGGGCAGGAAUUUGUGAUCUGA